CUAAAUACCAACCCUCAUCGGUCAUGAGAGAGAGAGAGAGAGAGGGAGAGAUGGGUUCAGAGGCUAGGAUGAUAGAUGAAUUGAAGGCUGAGAUGCCCCUCGAGCACGAUGAUGACUUGGUGCUGUUGAAUGAAGUUGAAUAUGGGAGGAAGCUUGGUCUUGUGUUUGUUGAUAUCCUUAAUGGCUUCUGCACUGCUGGAGCUGGCAACCUUGCUCCCACAGCGCCUAAUACACAAAUAUCGACGAUGUUAGGGGAAGCCGAAAAAUUUGCCAAAGUGUUUUGUGAGAGGAAAUGGCCUGUAAUGGUAUUCCUCGAUUCUCACCAUCCCAAUAAACCUGAGCAUCCUUAUCCUCCUCACUGCAUAAUAGGUUCAGGUGAAGAAGAUCUUGUUCCAGCUCUUCGCUGGUUGGAGAAUGACCCAAAUGUUACAAUCAGGCGCAAAGAUUGUAUGGAUGGAUUCAUUGGUUCAAUAGAGAAGGAUGGAACUAAUAAAUUUGCUGAUUGGAUCAAGACUAAUGAGAUCAAAGUGCUCUUGGUGAUAGGAAUAUGCACAGAUAUCUGUGUGUUAGAUUUUGUAUGCUCCACGCUCUCAGCUAGAAAUAUCGGUCUCGUACCACCUUUAGAAGAUGUCGUUGUGUAUUCAAAAGGGUGUGCCACUUUCAACUUUCCAGUUGAUGUUGCUCGAAACAUUAAAGGAUCAUUAGCUCAUCCUCAGGAGAUGAUGCAUCACAUAGGCCUUUGUAUGGCGAAAUCAAGGGGAGCUAAAAUAGUGCAGAAUGUAUCCCUAGGAUCAUUGCCGUAGAAGUAUCAACUGGAGAACAAGAGGACAGAAUGCAAAGCUAUAACGUUCAGAAUGCUCGCCUAUAGUGUAAAUUUAUGGUAUUAUGUAAUUGGAAUGCUAUCGAUAAAUAAUCUCCAUUUAAGAGUAGAAACUGUCUUUAAAGCAUGCAAGCUUGAGCUUUUGAGAAAUUUGUAAGAUAUAGGAUAUCACAUGUCAGUAUGGUAAGUAUGGCUUGUAGCAUAUGUUACCUUAUGUUUGCUUCU